ACAUCAAGUUUGAUAUACGCUUAAAAUAAAUACCUCUUGUUUGUGAUCAUGACACCUGCAUGUGAUUAUAAAAGUAAAUUAACGGACCCUUAAUUCGUAGGUGAGAAAUUUACUUGUCAAAAACUCAUAUAGCACCUGAUAUACUUAGGAAGACGACGGCCUAAGAAGCCUAAAAACAACAUUAAAUUGAUAAAAAAGCUUUAAAGGUUGGCUAAACAAAUGCAAUACAUGAUCAUUCUAUGAACAUGCUGCUUCCCUGCAUGUUUUCUUAAUUUUCGUUUCCAAAACAGGACGAUGAUUUUAAAUUGCAAAUUUCUGUAAAUUUGCAUUAAAAAUUAAUUUACAAGGAGGUGUGAAUGGACAGUUUGGCAUGGACGAUGUUAACCUACAGGAAGACGUUCCACAACCGACUGAAUCAAGCUGUGAAGGAAGAAGAAGGAGAUCCGUCAAACGCAGUGCAAAUGAGUCUUUGCACGGCACACCACCAGCUUUUGACGAUUGUAUGGUUUAUCGUUACACUUGCCCCGAUCACGUCAGAAUCUCCUGGCUACAUGCAGCACCCUUCCUUUAUGAUGCCAAUGGCAUUAGCAACAAAAGCCAAGAACAUACACCAAAUAUGAAAGGCAUUUUUCAUGAUGUAGUAACCCGAGCAAUUGGCGCUUGUUGCAAGAUAUUUGCUGGCAAAAUCCCGCAAAUUCGUUUUCUCGAAAAAGCGCCAAAUCUAAUGGCUCUACGCCACAAACUCCUCCAUCGCUCGGCAGACAUGAUAAUUCCCGUGCACAACGAUGAGGAGAAAUACGGAGGAAACGUGCCGUACAUCAAGGUAUUAGACUCCCCUGGUGUUAUACUCAUCGCCCCUCAUUCCUCCACGGUUAAAAAAUGGAACUUGGUAUUCAAAGCUGUGUUUGGAACAUGGCCAGUGGUUUUAAUGGCGUUCUUAAUGUCAUCCGUGGCUGGUGUACUGAUUUGGGUUUUGGUGAGUAGAUGGAAGACCGUUGAUUUGUUGUGCAAAUGUAGGCGAGGGUAGCGAGUAUAGUCUGUUUUAUCUUUUCUUUAUUUAGAUUAUGAGCUGAAAAAACCGAGCUGGUUUUCAGAUCCAAUUAGGUUUUCGCCCUAUACGUGGUAAAAUAACAAGAAAAAAGCCAUUCUUCCUAACAACGACUUAACUUUAAUCUUAUGUUGAGAACGUAGUAACGUAGUUACCAGUGGUCGACGAAUAAAAUAUCAUUCACCAACAUUAAUAAAAACGCUAUUGUUUACUUUACAUCAAAGUAGCUCACUUUGUUUAAUGUGGAGGGAAAAGUAUGCUAAUUUUUGAUUAACGCUUUGUAAACGUGAAAAGGUAAUUAUAUCUAUUAUCGCGGACUUGAU